CUGUACGCCUUGCAAAGCACCUUAUAAGGCCCUGUCAGUCCCUCGUUUUCUCUUCGGCGAUAUAGAUCUCUUGAACAAUCUCUUCCUCUCUUUUCCCCUGCUCCCCCACGUCUCCGAUUUCCCCACUUGAUCCCCUCACUCUUAUCUCUCUAUCUAUCUCUCUAUCUCUAUCUCCAUCUAUCUACGCCCCCAUCGCCUGCCUUCAUCAUGCCGUCCAACGGUAUCAGCAACGGCACCAGCAACGGCACCAGUGCUUACCACGCUGCGUCCACCCAGGAGGCAAUCCAGGCUGAGAAGGACUUUGCUGCCCACAACUAUCACCCUCUUCCCGUGGUGUUUGCUCGUGCGCAGGGUACGUCGGUCUGGGACCCCGAGGGCCGCCACUACUUGGACUUCCUGUCUGCCUACUCCGCCGUCAACCAGGGUCAUUGUCACCCCAAGCUCGUCGCUGCUCUGGUCGAUCAGGCCUCGCGACUGACUCUGAGCUCCCGAGCCUUCUACAACGAUGUCUUCCCGCGGUUCGCCCAGUUCGUGACCGAGUACUUUGGUUUCGACAUGGUGCUGCCCAUGAACACCGGAGCCGAGGCUGUCGAGACGGGCAUCAAGCUGGCUCGCAAAUGGGGUUACAAGGUUAAGGGCAUCCCUGAGAACCAGGCGGUGGUCUUGAGUGCCGAGAACAACUUCCACGGACGGACGUUCGCCGCCAUUUCCUUGUCCUCCGAUCCGGAGUCGCGUGAAAAUUACGGGCCCUACCUGCCCGGAAUUGGUUGCACCAUUCCUGGCACUGAUAAGCCCAUCACCUACAACGACAAGGCGGCUUUGCGGGAGGCUUUCGAGAAGGCCGGUCCCAACCUGGCUGCCUUCCUGGUCGAGCCUAUCCAGGGAGAGGCCGGCAUCGUCGUUCCCAGCGAAGAUUAUCUGCAGGAGGCGCGGGCGCUGUGCGACAAGCACAACGCUUUGCUGAUUUGCGAUGAGAUUCAGACCGGAAUCGCUCGCACGGGUAAGCUGCUCUGUCACGAGUGGAGUGGAAUCAAGCCGGAUCUGGUGCUUCUGGGUAAGGCCAUUUCCGGCGGUAUGUAUCCGGUAUCGGCGGUGCUGGGCCGCAAGGAUGUCAUGCUCACCGUCGAGCCGGGCACGCAUGGAUCGACGUAUGGUGGUAACCCCCUGGCUUGUGCGGUGGCUAUCCGUGCGUUGGAGGUUGUUAAGGAAGAGAACAUGGUCGAAAGAGCUGAGACGCUGGGCCACGUUUUCCGUAACGGCCUGGAAGCCAUCAAGAACCCCAUGAUCCAGACCGUGCGUGGCAAGGGUCUGCUGAAUGCCAUCGUUAUCGAUGAGUCGAAGACCAACGGACACAGCGCCUGGGAUCUGUGCAUGCUGAUGAAAGAGAAGGGUCUGCUGGUAAGUAGUUGUUGGUUGGAUGUUUCGGGAAAAAUGCUGAUGCGCGACCCAGGCCAAACCCACUCACCAGAACAUCAUCCGUCUUGCUCCCCCUCUCGUGAUCACCGAGGACGAGAUCAAAAAGUCUCUGGAGAUCAUCGAGCAGGCUGUGGAUGAACUUCCGAGCCUCAAGGGCGGCGCACCUCCCCCGGAGAAGAAGGCCAAGACCGACCAAAAUUAGAGCCCUGAAUCAAGGGGUAAAAAUCUCGGGGCGAACGACAAGCAUGGGAGGCCGGUAUGCAGUCCCAGCGAUCGCAGGGUUUAACUCUCAUCGCCCUUCUGCUGAAGACGGACCUCGCCGGAUUAUAAACCCUUUAUCGUCAGUUGGUCUGACUUGACGAGGGAAUCCUUCGCAUCUGCUUGUCCAGAGUAGGUUCUCCGAUUGAUGGGAGCCUUUUGCUUGGAGAGAAACAGAGACAGAGCGAUGGAAUUGAUGCUUGUCCUUACGACCUACUACUCAAGAUUUAUGACACUCAAAUGCUAGCUUACGAUUUUUAAAGAAUUAGCAGAAGAAUGACACAUUUCAUGACGAUGGCA